GCCACAGUAAGCCUUUGCCCACUACAAGACCAGACCUGUGGAUAGAGAGCUAUCAUGGACUCAGAAAGUGAGCCCAAGCCUUCUACAUCGACUUCCAAUCCCUCGUCUGCCUUUGAACGAUGGCGCAGCUGGGCCAGUGAAAUGACCGGCGUCGGACUGUCCACUGGCACCCCCUCCACAUCCCGACAAACGCGCGACAUUGCGCGCUGCGAGAAAAACAAGCAAUGGCUGAUCGACAAUUCGCCCGUCGUCACCUUCAUGCUUCAGCACCUCGCCCUCAGCGGCUGCCGCGUCCCGGCCCGGAACCUCAUCUGCGGCCCUUGCAACCAGACGCGCGCGGGGGGGUACGACCCCGAGCGCGGCGCCAUCAUCCUCUGCGCGUCCAACUUCUACAGCCGGAGACACAUGGAGCGCACCAUGGCGCACGAGCUCGUGCACAUGUAUGACGACUGCAAAUUCCGCGUGGAUUGGGCGAACUUGCGGCACCAGGCAUGUUCGGAGAUACGGGCGAACAGUCUGAGUGGGGAUUGUCGGUAUACGAGUGAGUUGGCGAGGGGGGUCUUUGGCGUGGCGGGUCAGCACCAGGAGUGUGUGCGGAGACGGGCGGUUGACUCGUUGGCGGCGAAUCCGCUGUGUCCUGACGAAGAGACUGCGAGAAAGGUCGUUAAUGAGGUCUUUGAGAGUUGUUUCAAGGAUACCAGGCCUUUUGAUGAGGUGUAUUGAUGCGCCUUUACUCUCUCUGUACUGAGCGCACGCCCUCUAGCCGUUAUCGGAUUGGGGCUGACCACAGCCUACUCAGGUCUAUAGGAAUAUGAAGUCGUGCGCGCACGACAGGAUUGGGCUUUGCCAUGAUAGCGGCGGCCAUGAGAUACUCUGGGCAGAGGAUACGGCAGUGCAUGUAGUACAGUAUGGGUCCUUAGGACACAACGUAGUCCUCCCGAAAAUAGUGCUUACAUUAGAUUUGUUUUGAGACGGUGCUCGAGUAAGGAAAGGAAAGGAAAGGAAUAUUUCAGUAGAACAAAAUUAAAUAUAUGAAGCAAG